GAAAACUCAGAAUUCAGUGAUCGGAACAGACUGAGGACGACACAGAAGACAAGGAAUUUCUGGUUACACAAGAUCUUAAAGAACCAUGAAGCUCUAUAUUCUUUGUGGUGUUCUGUUUUUGGCAGUGCUUGGGUACAGCCCUGCAGAUGCCAAUACAGUUAAAUUCGGAUCCCUCUGCUGUGGCAACCCAAACAACAAUAAAAGAGGAUGUGAUGUUAAGGGCUGUGGAUACUUCGGAGCCCCCCGGAAUGGCAAAAAGGGUGUCAAACAAAAACACGGGGGUCUUGACAUUGAAUGUGAAGAUGGAUCUACCAUUAAUGCACCAUUCGAUGUGACGUUAAAUGGAAAGUCUGCUCCAUACGGAAACAGUAAUGCUAUUGAUAAUGGCAUAAAACUGAAUGGAGAAGGACUUUGCUUCAAGCUCUUCUAUGUUAAGCCGGACAAGUACUAUGGGAGUCUGAAGAAAGGCGAGAAGAUCGGAACACUCCUUCCAAUGCAGAAGGUUUAUCCUGGAAUCACCUCCCACGUUCAUGUGCAGAUGUGUGACAAAUCAGAUCCCACCAAAUACUUCUAAUAUGCUGUGAAAGAUGACCUUUAUUCUCACAUCUCUAAGGGUCCCUUUUUUAAUUUUUGUAGUUUUUCUUUGCAUGCUAAAAAUCAAUGAAAACAUUUUUUUUUUAUUUGUUCUACUAACAAUUCACAACAUAAUUGCAUGGCUUCAGUUGCUUGACAUCCUUUACCUAAUGCGUUUCUGUUUAAAAAAUAAAGUUUAAAGUUCA